AUGUUUGACGGUGACGACAUGGCAAGUAUGGGCUGGUGUGUUUGUGUCCUCGUGAUCUGUACACUCACAACUACCACUACUGAUGCAGCCACUACCACUACUGCUGCAGUAAUUACCUCUACUGAUGCUGCCACUACCACUUCUGAUGCAGCAACUACCACUACUGAAGCAGCCACUACCACUACUGACGCAGCAACUACCACUACUGAAGCAGCUACUACCACAACUGAUACAGUAACUAUCACUACUGAUGCAGCCACUACCACUACUAAUGCAGCAACUACCAGUACUGAAGCAGCCAUUACCACUACUGACGCAGCCACUACCACUACUGAAGCAGCUACUACCACAACUGAUACAGUAACUACCCCUACUGAUGCAGCAACUACCACUACUAAUGCAGCAACUACCCCUACUGACGCAGCCACUACCACUACUGAUGCAGUAACUACCCCUACUGAUGCAGCAACUACCACUACUAAUGCAGCAACUACCACCACUACCACUACUGAUGCUGCCACUACCCCUUCUAAUGCUGCCACUACCACUACUGAAGCAGCAAAUCCCACUCCCGAUCCUGCCACUCCCACUCCUGAUGCUGCCACUCCCACUUCUGAUACAGCAACUCCCACUACGGAAGCAGCCACUACCACUUCUGAUACAGCAACUACCACUACUGAUGCUGUCACUACCACUUCUGAUACAGCAACUACCACUACUGAAGCAGCCACUACCACUUCUGAUACAGCAACUACCACUACUGAUGUAGCCACUACCACUACUGACGCAGCCACUAUCACUACUGAUGCUGUUACUCCCCACUACUGA